UGUUUUGGAGAGAAGAAGUAAUAAAAAUGGCUGCGCUCUUACGAGGCGUGAGACUUCUGUUCCCAAUAGAAGAAUCCGUAUUUCUUUCUUCAAGGAGCGAUAUUAUUGUUGAUCCGAAGCGCUUUGUUCGCGGCCUGAGGAGGAAACCUGUCAAGGUGCUGAGUUUUGAGGACCAAGCGGCUAAAGCUCCCAAACAGCCGCUGCCUUCUCGGCCUGAUGCUCUGGCAGCGAAGCAGGAGGUGAAAGGAAACAGUCCUGCAGCUCCAACGAGGCAUCCUGACAGGACUGACCCUGCUAACACCAGGAGUGAAACCGCAAAGCAUCCCCAUUUCACCAUCACUGCGGACCAGGUAGAAGGACUGCGCUACGAGAGAGCCUUUCCUGGAGAUAAGAGAUUAUCGAGGUUAGUCAGCGUUGCCCGAUCCAGGACAUUUCGGGAGCACCAGGGGAAAAUCCUCCUGGAGGGCAGGCGUUUGAUUUGUGAUGCUUUGGAGGCCGGCGCUCGCCCACAGACCGUCUUCUUCAGCUCUCUGGAUCGGCUCCGGGAGCUGCCACUGGACAAGCUGAGGGGGGCAUCAAUUGUCAAAGUCAAGUUUGAGGAUAUUAAGAUCUGGUCGGAUGUUGUGGCUCCACAGGGAGUGAUCGCUAUAUUUUCCCGGCCUGAUCCUUCACGGCUGAACUAUUUACAAAGAGGUCAGUCGAUGCCGUUGUCCCUGAUAUGUGACAAUGUCCGUGAUCCUGGGAAUCUGGGGACCAUGCUGCGAUGUGCUGCAGCAGCUGGCUGCCAUGACGUCCUUCUUAGCAAAGGUUGCGUUGAUGCUUGGGAGCCUAAAGUCCUUCGUGCUGCCAUGGGCGCCCAUUUCCGACUCCCUAUUUUUCACAACCUGGACUGGGAUGAGAUAAAAAACCAUUUCUCUAACGCUGUGGCUGUGCACGUGGCUGACAGUUCUUGCGGUCAUCAACUAAGAGGAAACAAAGAGGAUGAUAGGACUCCACGGCUCUCCAAACCAGGAGAUUAUGGUUGGAUCAGCUCAUCAUCUAACAGGAAAAAGAUGAAGUACGAGGAAUACCAUUCAGAUUCAGGUUCAGAGUCAGAAGACGAGGAGAUUUCCCUCCCCAGACUGGAACCCAAGGUCUACUUCGAGAGCUGGGCUCAGAGUCCCGCUGCUCUGGUGAUUGGUGGAGAGACACAUGGUCUGAGUACAGAGGCGGUCCAGUUGGCGGAGAAAACCAAUGGUUAUAGAGUCUUUAUUCCUGUUGUUCCAGGAGUGGACAGCUUGAACUCAGCCAUGGCUGCUAGUAUCCUUUUGUUUGAGGGCAGGAGGCAGCUGCUAAAGCUCCUGCAGACAUCUGGGAAGAAGAGACUGGAGUCUAAGGCAGAGAGAAAGCUCUCAUAAUUGUUCAAGGUGGAACUAAAUGUAUAAUGUUUGGUAAUUCUCUGCAAUAAACUGAUGAAUUUCACCUAAAA